GGCGGGGGCGCGCUCGGGGGCCCGGGCCGCGUGGGCGCCGGGAUGGAGGGCGCCGAGGGGCGGGGAGCGGGCGUGCGUGUGUGUGCGAGUGCGAGGGAGGCCGGCCUCUAGUGUAACCGGAGCUACAAAGAAGGGGAGAGUCCGGGAGCGGGCGGGAGGGAGCCAGGGAGGAGGAGGAGCGGCGGCGGCGGCGACGCCGGGGCAUCUCCGACACCCGCCCGUUGGGAAGGAGCCCCUCGAGGCGGCCUGGGCCCCCCGACGCGGGCCGCCCCUCGGCCCCGCGCCCUCGCCUGCCUGGAAUGAUGAAGAAGAACAAUUCUGCCAAGAGGGGGCCGCAGGAUGGAAACCAUCCCUCGGCAGCACCGGAGAAGGUCGGCUGGGUCCGGAAAUUCUGCGGGAAAGGGAUUUUCAGGGAGAUUUGGAAAAACCGCUAUGUGGUGUUGAAAGGGGACCAGCUCUACAUCUCCGAGAAGGAGGUAAAAGAUGAGAAAAACAUUCAAGAGGUGUUUGACCUGAGUGACUAUGAGAAGUGUGAAGAGCUUCGGAAAUCCAAGAGCAGGAGCAAGAAAAAUCAUAGCAAGUUUACUCUUGCCCACUCCAAGCAGCCGGGGAACACGGCACCCAACCUGAUCUUCCUGGCAGUGAGUCCAGAAGAGAAGGAAUCGUGGAUCAACGCCCUCAACUCCGCCAUCACCCGUGCCAAGAAUCGGAUCCUGGAUGAGGUCACCGUUGAAGAGGACAGCUAUCUGGCCCACCCAACUCGAGACAGGGCGAAAAUCCAACACUCUCGCCGCCCCCCAACACGGGGGCACCUAAUGGCUGUGGCUUCAACCUCUACCUCAGAUGGCAUGCUGACCUUGGACCUGAUCCAAGAGGAAGACCCUUCCCCUGAGGACACAACCUCCUGUGCUGAGAACUUUCGGGUGGACCUGGACAAGUCCGUGGCUCAGCUGGCCGGCAGUAGGAGGAGAGCUGACUCGGACCGGGCUGGCAGGCUUCCCCAACCUUGGGAGAAGCCAGACAGGGGGGCCACCUACACCCCACAGGCGCCCAAGAAGUUGACUCCCACCGAGAAAAGCCGCUGCGCCUCCCUAGAGGAGAUCCUGUCCCAGCGGGACGCUGCCCCAGCCCGCACCCUCCAGCUGCGAGCAGAUCAGCCCUCCGCCUCAUCCGUCCCGCCCCUCCCAGGGCAGCUGUCUCGGAUUCAGGACUUGGUAGCAAGGAAACUGGAGAAGACUCAGGAGCUACUGGCAGAGGUCCAGGGACUGGGAGACGGGAAGCGAAAGGCCAAGGAUCCCCCUCGGUCUCCACCCGACUCGGAGUCGGAGCAGCUGCUGCAGGAGACGGAACGGCUGCUGGGAGAGGCGUCCUCGAACUGGAGCCAGGCCAAGAGGGUGCUGCAGGAAGUCCGCGAGCUAAGGGACCUGUACAGACAGAUGGAUCUGCAGCCCUCUGAGUCCCAGCCCAGACAGACUGCCCCGCACAGCCAGUACCGAAAGAGCCUCAUGUGAAGAAUCUAGAACUCUAUGGAGAUGGACAAACUUAUUUCCAAGUGUUUCAGGACAAAGCUUUUUUUAUUUACCUCAAUCAAAAAAAAAAAAAAAAACCACACAAUCAAAUCAUUGCUCUCUUGCUGA